UCUUUCGCUCAGUGCUAGCUCUUCUUGUCCUUUCCUUGCCUUUAGCUUAACCCAAAACAAGUUCCUUCCGAACAUUGCUCACCCCACGUUUACACUCCCCAAAGUUUUCUCUCCUUUUCUCAAUUUCACCCCGCCUCUCUUUCCCCACCUCAAAUGGGUUGAACCCUCCUCCGCUUUCGCUGUCUUUCAUGGAGUGGGAUAGUAAUUCCGAUCACAGUGAGGAUGAGGAUGAGGAGGAGUUCAUAUUUAAUGACGACGAAGAAGAUGAGCCCGCUAGGCCCCUCCCUUUUCCCGUGGACAGUUUGUUUCAAACGGCGCCGUGUGGGAUCGUCGUUACUGAUGCGCUUGAGCCUGACCACCCCAUUAUUUAUGUCAAUUCCGUGUUUGAGACCGUUACUGGGUAUCGUGCCGAAGAGGUUCUUGAUCGAAAUUGCCGUUUCUUGCAAUGCAGAGGUCCAUUUGCUAAGAGAAGACAUCCAUUAGUUGAUUCAACAGUUGUUUCAGAAAUUAGGAGAUGCCUUGAGGAGGGUAUUGAAUUCCAAGGUGAAUUGCUGAACUUUCGGAAAGAUGGAUCUCCACUGAUGAACAGAUUGCGGCUGACUCCUAUAUAUGAAGAUGAUGACACAAUAACUCAUGUUAUUGGAAUCCAGUUCUUUACAGAAGCAAAUGUUGAUUUGGGUCCAGUGCCUGGAUAUUCACUGAAGGAGUCUGGAAAAGCAUCUGACCGGUUCCGUUCUGCUUUUUCCAAUUUGCAUCCUGAACCAGUGGGAGACAGAAAUGUUUCUCGUGGAGUUUGUGGGAUACUGCAGUUGAGCGAUGAGGUGCUGUGUCUUAAGAUAUUAUCGUGGUUGACUCCUAGAGAUAUUGCAUCAGUUGGUUCUGUCUGUAGGCGACUUUAUGAGCUGACGAAAAAUGAGGACCUUUGGAGAAUGGUCUGCCAGAAUGCCUGGGGCAGUGAAACAACUCGUGUUUUAGAGACUGUGCCUGGUGCAAAGAGACUGGGCUGGGGUCGCCUGGCUAGGGAGUUAACAACUCUUGAAGCUGCAGCAUGGAGGAAGCUAACAGUUGGAGGUGCUGUUGAACCAUCUCGGUGCAACUUUAGCGCCUGUGCAGUUGGGAAUCGGGUGGUUCUUUUUGGUGGAGAAGGGGUUAAUAUGCAACCAAUGAAUGACACCUUUGUAUUGGACCUGAAUUCUAGUAAACCGGAAUGGCAGCAUGUCCAAGUGAGCUCUCCUCCUCCUGGUCGUUGGGGUCAUACUCUUUCAUGUGUAAAUGGGUCUAAUUUGGUAGUAUUUGGUGGCUGUGGUAGGCAAGGCUUACUCAACGAUGUUUUUGUUUUGGAUUUGGAUGCCAAGCCUCCCACCUGGCGUGAAAUCUCCGGAUUGGCUCCGCCUCUUCCAAGAUCAUGGCACAGCUCCUGCACUCUUGAUGGUACCAAAUUGAUAGUUUCUGGUGGUUGUGCAGACUCUGGAGUACUUUUAAGUGACACAUUUCUUCUUGAUCUGUCAAUGGAGAAACCUGUUUGGAGAGAGAUACCUGCAGCCUGGACUCCCCCUUCUCGGUUGGGCCAUACAUUAUCAGUUUAUGGUGGCAGGAAAAUAUUGAUGUUUGGGGGUUUAGCUAAGAGUGGUCAUCUGCGUUUUCGUUCUAGCGAUGUCUUCACAAUGGAUCUUAGUGAGGAGGAACCUUGUUGGAGAUCUGUAACUGGAAGUGGAAUGCCUGGUGCUGGAAACCCAGGCGGAGUAGCUCCUCCUCCUAGACUUGACCAUGUGGCUGUGAGCCUCCCGGGUGGGAGAGUUCUUAUCUUCGGUGGAUCAGUAGCUGGUCUUCACUCUGCGACCCAGAUUUAUCUUCUGGACCCUACUGAUGAAAAGCCUACAUGGAGAGUACUGAAUGUACCCGGACGACCUCCAAGAUUUGCAUGGGGACACAGUACAUGUGUAGUAGGUGGCACAAGAGCUAUAGCCCUAGGUGGCCAAACAGGAGAAGAGUGGAUGUUAAGUGAGCUCCAUGAGCUAUCAUUAGUGAGUUCUUCCAUCAUCUGAGAUUAUACCAACAAAAGAAAUCGAACAGCUGCUGCUAAGGAAUGACAGACUCAUGAACCACAAACUAUCAUAGCCGUGACACAAGUGGAGGUCGAACUUGAACACCACACCAUGACGGUCAGUUACUGAAAAUUUAUUGACAGAGCGACUUUUGUAAUGGAUAUCUUGUGCAAGGUUUUUUUGGGUGGGAGAUGAAAACACUUAUUCCACGAGUGAAUCGAUGAAAACCAUGUUCAUGUUUUUGUAUGGUUUGUGUGAAACUCUAACUGCCCAUCAGCAUCGCUUCUCUCUCUGCUCACAAGGUAUUUGGACAAUACUUUUGUUGGUAGGUUAGUUGUAUUUGUUAGAAAAAGCUUAGGCUACUUAUAUAUUUUAGGGGCUUAAUUUCUUGUUAUGCUCACUCCUUUGCAUUCAUUCAGCAUUUGUAAUUUAAACCAACUAGAAAAUGUUAAAAAAAUGUGCACCUUUAUAGUAUCAUUGUAACACAUCGAAUCUUUUUAUUUAUGUCUACUUGCUGCCAGUGUGUUGUCAAAUGUUAUUUAUUAUGAAUAAAACUAUUUGUACUAACAAAUUUUACUAAUUUAUUUGUAUAGUUGGCAUUGUGUGAUUGGAUUA